GGAGCGCUUUUUAGGAGACGCCUGGUUGCUAGGGGGCCUUAGUAACGGUACACAGCGGCCAGAGCUGGUGCUGGUGCUGCAGCCGCCGCCGCCGUUCGCUGCUGGGGCUGGAGCAGGGGCAGGGGCAGGUACCGAGGGUGUGCGGCACCGUGCGGCACCGUGCGGGGUUCCUGAGGAAAAUGCAAGGGCCUCCUGGUACUUUUGAAGAAUUCUUACAGUCUCAGAAAUUGGAUGAUUGGCCAAGAUUUCCCUUUCUAGAUGAAGAUCGUCCUUUGGUGGACAAAUUAAGAAAUAACUAUUCAUUUGAUGCUAUUUCUAAGUUUCUGUAUGAAAAUGCUCCAGUACAAAUCAGGCUUGUCUCAGAUAUGGAGAAGAGAAUAAAUGAGUGCACAACUGAAUUGAAGGAACAUGCUGAAAAAAUAUUUUCUUUUCAACAAAGACCAACAGAGGAAGAUGACCAUCGUGUUUCACUAGAGCAAACCACUGAUACUCAACGUAUUGAUUCAGAAGAAAUUUCGAUUCAAACAGGCAAGAUGAGGAAAACAAAGAUUGAUAAAUAUAUCCCUGAGGAAUCAAGCAGAAAAAAUGUAAAGAAUUAUAGAUACCCAGGUUUCAAGUUAAAACAGCUUACAGAAUUACCAAGACACUUGGAAGCAGCAAAACUUUGGGACUUGGUUAUAAAAGCUCACAAUUUCAAACCUAAUCAAGAAGAUCAAGAUUACUUGUUUGACAGAAUUGCAGAAAGUUUCAUGGCACUUUUCCUAUGUGUCCCCAGGAAUACUAAAGAUGCUUUUUUUCAGGUGUAUCCUGAUUGUUUGUCACAAGUCAUCUAUGUUGCUUUCUGUAAAGCAUUUCCAGAAUCCAGUAAAUCUUUUGAUGAUGCAUUUAAAGAUGGACUAGUGGAUUUAAUUUUUCAGUGGGUAUCAGGUCUAAAGCCACAGAAAUUUGCUUGGAAGAAAUGGAAUCUAGAUUGCCUGAGGAAGCCCACAGUAAAUAGUAGCAAGAAAGAUACUAUUACCAAGGCACCAGUUAAGGAGUCUGGCAAAUCCAAAGCAGUCAUUGAAGCCUGUGACCGGAUGGGGUCCAGACCUCUUUUACCUGGAGCAAGUGAGCAGCACUCAGCCUCCCACUCAUCAGUGAGAUUUCAAGUAGGCCUUGAUUUCGAAGAUCUAACUGAAGAUACAAAAAAGAUGUAUAUUUCAUCAGCUGAAGAAAUGAAGAAAGACCGUAAAUAUAAAAUGGACGUGCCAAAAGAGUCAGAAACCAUAAAAGAGUCCUGUUAUAUUGGCUCAGGUCCUGACUUCCAGCGUGUACUCUUCAGAAUCGGUGGUCGAAGUCCUCUGGUCUCACAUUAUCUUAAGAUGCAUGAAAUCACUGAUGGUGUCUCAAGCUCUUUGACUUACAAGAUGAAUCGUACUGAAAUUUGCAAGCUACCACCAGUUGCUCCAACUUAUCAAGAAGUUAUUAAAGAGACACGAAGGCUCAGAAGGGAAUUCCGGGAGGAUUAUACUGUAUUUCAGAAUAAGUGUAGAGAAGAUAUUUCAGAAAUAGAAAAGCGGAGAAAAGAAAUUAACCAGAAGUUUAGAAGACUAACAGAGAGCGCCUGCAAGAAUCCCUCUGAACUAAGGCUGAACGCAGAUAUGUUAAUGCGUGAACUGGAAUUUGCAACACGGGACAAGAAACCAUCCAGCAAUGGAAGAACUGUUUUUAUUCUCUGAUCCACAGAAGCAACCUCUUAAAUCAAGCAGGCUCCAAUCCAUCUUCCUGUGAAAUCAAUGGAAAGAUUCCCCUUGCCUUCAUAGGGUUCAAUCCAGUUCUCUAAAGCAACUAAAUCAACUGCUCAAAUUCACUUGGGAUGCAACCUAGUUUUUAAGUGUUGUACUGCAGAUACAGUGUUGGCUUUGUAUUGUGGAAUGCCAUUUAAAUAUCUUCAGAUUUAUUCUGAGUCAUUUAAUUUAAUAAUUCUCUGUGGUCAUAUCCUAUGAUUCGCUGUUAUACUUAGUCAUUUUAAAAAUGU